UUGAGCCCCUCAAGACCAAUUCAGAGCUGGGAACAAUUUUCACCUGCACCGUCGGGAAGUCCCAUUAAGCUACGAACUGCAAACGGAGAGACCCUCCAUCGAACCUCUACUCCAGAUCUCAGUCCAACCGCGAUCAUGUCUUCGACUAUGUUCAUCAACCUGGUACGCUGCGGUCGUUCUCCGUUCGGAUGCCACACUGCCUUUCUGACUGCACUCCCCCUUGUCCCCCCAGCGUCCCCCUUGUCCCCCCCAGCCUCCCCCAGUGCGGUCCAGGUCAGGAGGAAGUGUACUGCUCGGUUUGUCUCUGACGCUAGCGGUCGACCAACCACCUGGGACUCCUUUGGGACCUGGGACAAUAGGAUAGAGGAGCCCAUUCUGCUGUCUCCUAGGAAACCCAUCCCACAGGUGAGUUUGUCCCAUGUGGGCACUGCGUCUCUGCUGGGUCUUCGGAGGGAGAAUGAAGACCGGUUACAGGUGGUUCGACUCAGUGACAGCAUCCUGUACUUGGCUGUGUUCGAUGGACACGGAGGACCACACGCCUCAGAAUACUGUCACACCUACAUGGAGAAAUACAUUAGAGAGGCCCUACAGCAGGAGGAUGACCUGGAGAAGGCUCUGACCCAAGCCUUUCUGGAGGUGGACAAAGCCCUAUACAGACACCUCUCUUACUUUGGCAACGCUUCCUUCCUGACUGCGGGGACCACGGCGACUGUUGCCGUUUUACGAGACGGUGUGGAGUUGGUGGUUGCUAGCGUGGGGGACAGCAGAGCAUUGCUAUGCAGGAAGGGGCGGGCCAAGAAACUCACAAUUGACCACACCCCUGACCGGAAGGAUGAGAGGCAGAGGAUAAAGCUGAGUGGAGGGUUUGUAACGUGGAAUAGUCUUGGUCAGGCUAACGUUAAUGGGAGGUUAGCGAUGACACGCAGCAUUGGAGACUUUCACCUCAAGAACACUGGAGUCAUUGCCCUGCCAGAGACACAACGGAUCAACCUGCAACACCACCAAGACACCUUCCUGGCUCUGACGACAGACGGGAUCAACUUCAUCAUGAACGACCAGGAGAUCUGUGAUGUCAUCAACCAGUGCCAUGACCCCACAGAGGCAGCAAACGUAAUUGCACAACAGGCUCUGCAGUAUGGUUCAGAGGAUAACAGUACGAUCGUGGUGCUUCCGUUUGGAGCCUGGGGUAAACAGGAGAGCAGUCUGUCUGGCUACUCCAUGAGCAGAAACCUGGCUUCAAGUGGCCGUUGGUCCUGAGAGAGAGAGAGAGAGAGAGAUACUGGACACACACACCCAUGGACACACCCACUCAUGGACACACACACUUAGGAUACACGGACAACACACACACAUACGCACACAGAGAACGUUAUUAGGUUAAUAUUAAGUAUUUAGAUCUAGUGUUAUAGCCAAUAAGCGGCCAUUUGAUCAUGUAUGCUUGUUUAAUGUACGUAUUGUAUGUAAUGAAAUGUUACGUUUUGGUUUCAGUGCUGUUUUAUUUAUUGACUGACUAUAUAUAUAUAU